AGUCCCCACCUCACCGGCCGACUAGCGACUAGCGAGUUCUCCAACCUUGCUCAAUACACAGAGACAUCAUCUUUCUCCUCCACAGCCAACAUCAUCUUUCUCCUCACAACCGCCAUCAUCUCCUCCUCUCCUCCACCACUCCACUGCCCUCCAUCCACGUCGCAACAGUCCUCCAUCGCAGCGCCCUUACAACCUCCGUUCUCCUCCGCCGCCCUCCAUCUCCACUGCUUCCUCCAUCCACCUGCCUCCUCCCUCUACUCCACCACGUCUGCCUUCUUCUGCAGCCACUGUUCUACAUCACCUCUCCUCUACCACGUCGGCCUUGCUUUGUAACCGCUGUUCUCGUCAUCUCUCCUCCACAGGCCCCCAAACCACCAUUUGCUUAGGGAGGGAUGCCGACAGGAGACAAAAGAAACUUUAAUUCAAACAACAACGCCACAAAUCAGCCUCAACGCUUAAUCAAUGCCGAUCAGAAGCGGCGGAAGAUUGAGCAACAGAGAAGAUCUUUGCCCAUCGCUUCAGUUGAGAAAAGGCUUGUAGAAGAGGUUUGGAAAAAUGAUACCUUGAUAAUUGUCGGUGAAACGGGAAGUGGGAAGACAACACAAUUGCCCCAAUAUUUGUAUAACGGAGGAUUUUGUCAGAAUGGAGGAAUAAUUGGAAUCACUCAACCAAGACGUGUUGCUGCGGUAACUGUUGCAAAACGUGUAGCUGAAGAACGUUGUGUUGAAUUGGGCCAGCAAGUUGGCUACUCGAUUAGGUUUGAGGAUGUGACCUCCACUUCAACCAGGAUUAAGUACAUGACAGAUGGACUGUUAUUGAGGGAGGCACUUUUGGACCCUAAGCUUUCAAGGUACUCGGUUAUAGUCGUUGAUGAAGCUCAUGAAAGGACAGUUCAAACGGACGUGUUGCUAGGUUUGCUUAAAGAUGUACAAAAGAAGAGAUCUCAAAAUUCUAACGGGGCAUCGGGUAAUUAUGAUCACGUGAAGAAGGACAACAAUGCGAAAGAAAAAUCUAACGAGGUUCGCAAGUUAAAUCCGUUGAAGUUAAUUAUCAUGUCUGCUAGUUUGGAUGCGCGUGGGUUCUCUGAGUAUUUUGGUGGUGCAAAAGCUGUUCAUGUAAUGGGGCGGCAAUUUCCUGUGGAUAUCCUUUAUACCGCGCAACCUGAGACAGACUGUUUGGAUGCUGCUUUAGUUACCAUAUUUCAGAUACAUAUGGAGGAAGGGCCUGGUGAUAUACUUGUUUUUUUAUCUGGUCAAGAAGAGAUUGAAUCCAUUGAGGGUCUUGUGCGGGAAAAUCUCAAGAAAUUGCCGGAAGCCAAUCAGAAACUCUUAAUUUAUCCAUUGUUCUCUUCUCUUCCAUCGGAGAAGCAAAUGAAAGUUUUCACACCUGCUCCAGUUGGGUUCAGAAAGGUUAUACUGGCAACAAACAUUGCUGAAACAUCAGUAACAAUACCAGGAGUCAAGUAUGUUAUUGAUCCUGGAUUGGUAAAAGUGCGCAGUUACUCUCCUGACAGUGGGAUCGAAUCUUUGAUUGUUGUUAAAACUUCGAAAGCUCAAGCUCUUCAAAGAAGUGGGCGUGCAGGGCGUGAAGGACCUGGGAAAUGCUAUCGUCUUUAUCCAGAAAGCAGAUUUGAGGGACUUGAUGAUUCCACAGUGCCAGAGAUCAAACGAUGCAAUCUUUCAAAUGUUAUUUUGCAACUUAGUGCUCUUGGCGUUGAUGAUAUAAUCGGCUUUGACUUCAUGGAGAAACCUGACAGGAUGGCUGUUAUCAGAUCACUGGAAUUAUUGUACUUGUUAGGAGCAUUGACAGAUGAAAAGAAAUUGUCAUAUCCAAUUGGACAUCAAAUGGCGCGUCUUCCAUUGGAACCAAAUGAUUCAAAGGCACUAAUUUUAGCCAGCCAGUUUGAUUGUUUGGAAGAAAUGUUGAUUGUUGUCUCGAUGCUAUCAGUGGAGUCCAUCUUUUAUGUUCCUCGUGACAAGUUAGAAGAGUCACGGACUGUCAUUAAAUCUUUCUCAAGCCCAGAGGGAGACCAUUUGACGUUAGUUAACGUGUAUCGUGCUUCUAUUGAGUUUUUGGAGAAGAACAAGACAGAGAAUGGUAACGAGAAGGCUGAAAAGAACUUGAGGAAAUGGUGCAAGGAUAACUUCAUUAAUAAUCGUUCAUUAAAGCAUGCUCGUGACAUUUACAAUCAAAUUCUGGAAAAUGUAGAACGAAUGGGACUUAAGAUAUCUUCAUGUGGAGAUGACAUGCUUCCGCUCCGCAGAUGCCUUGCUGCUUCAUAUUUCCUGAAUGCAGCCUUAAAGCAGCCUGAUGGUACAUACAGGGUUUUGGCAAAUGGUCAGAUUGCAGAGAUUCACCCAACUUCUGUUCUACGGCGUUCAAAACCCGAGUGCAUUAUUUUCUACAAUUUAGUUCAAACAACACGUAAUUAUGUGCGCAAUGUUACUAGAAUUGAUUAUUUGUGGCUAGCUGAGCUGGCCCCUCAAUGUUAUGCCUUAAAGGACAACUAGAGCUAAAACCAUACGAUAAAAUUGGCGUUGGUUGGAGAGAGGCAUAUAAUUUCAGGGGCUUGCAUCGCGCUUUUCCGGCUUCUUUCCUUUUUGUCAAAGGAAACAAAAAAAUUCAGGUGCAUUCUUGAUGAUGUUUAAAUUAGGAAGUGGAUGAGACGAUCAUGACAGUGAAGAUCGGUGGCAUAUAUGGUUGAAUUUUAAGUUGAACUUUGUAAUUAUGAAAAACAUGUUUGUGUUUCUGAUGUUAAGAAAUUGAUACUACCAUCUCUGGGGGCCUUCAACAUGGGUUUUAGUCUUGUUAACCAUUUUGCUAUAAAGAGUCAUUUUGUGAUAA